AUAUUUUAUUAUUUAUUUGUUUUUUAUCCAGUUUUGUAAAAUAUCUAAUAAAUUCCUUUUAUUAUUUUGUUUUUGUUUUUUUAGUUAUGUCUUCAAAUUAUAUUUUAUCACCCCUCUUCGAAGAUAAUGAAGAAUCAAGGGAAAUAAAAAAAAAUCUUAUCGAGGACUAUAUUAAAGCAGUAAAAGAGGAAUAUUUAAAGAAAGGGGAUGGUACUAUAGGACCACCUAUGGACAAAGUACGUGCUGUGCUCGAUUCAACUCCAUUAUCUAUUUUAGAAUCACAACAAAAUAAAAAGAUUUUUUCAACUCACUAUGGAUCUUUAUUUUGUACUCCAUAUCUUGAUCCCAUAAAUGGAGAUUAUAUUUAUAAUAUAGGUCUUUUUAAUUUUAUUUUUCUUCCAACACUGCCACUAGCAUGCUUUCAAAAGUAUCAAAGUGAAUUUCGUCAAUUACAAAAACUAGGCCAAGGUGGAUAUGGGUCGGUAUUUCUAGCAAAAACGUUAAGGGAUUCUAAAGAAUAUGCUAUUAAAAUAGUUAAUUUCAGAGUAUCCUCUUCUGAACCUUUAGAAAUCUUUUACGAUGAAAGAGAAGUUUAUAGAGAAGUUAGAGUAUUAGAAAAAUUAAAUCAUAAAAAUAUUUUAAAACAGUACUCUGCUUGGUGUGAAUUAGAUACAUCAAUUGGCAAUUCGACACAAUUUGGUUCUGAAGAAGGUAGCAUGGGUACAAAUAAAGAAAGUACUGAUGUUUAUGAAAUAGACAAAGAAAACACUAAUGUUUCGGAUUCUUCUCCCUCAAUCCCAACUGGUGAUUCGAACCAAUUUGGUUCUGAAGAAGGUAGCAUGGGUAUAAAUAAAGAAAGUACUGAUAUUUAUAAUGUUUCUUCUUCAAAUGAAAACAGAUAUUCAAAAAGUUCAAAUUAUAACCCAACUUUUAAUUCAAAAGAGAAUAAUAAUAAUAACCAAACCAUUAAUCCAAAAGAGAAUAAUAACAACGAUAUCAUAAUAAAUUGUUCAAUGUUUAUUCAAACUGAAUAUUGCCAAGGUACCUUAAAUGAUUUAAUGGAAAAUCCAGAAUUUAAUCUAAAGAGUAAAAGAGAAGUUCUUUUAAUUUCAUAUCAAAUUAUAGAAGGUGUAGAUUAUUUGCAUUCUGAGGGUUUGAUGCAUCGAGAUCUUAAACCAUCAAAUAUUUUCCUCAAUCAAGAUAUCAUUAAAAUUGGUGAUUUUGGUUUAGCUAAACCCAUAAAUCACCUAAGUAAUUAUAAAACCUUACCAGGUUCAAGAGUCUCAUUUCCCCACACUACCCAAAUUGGCACUAAGAUAUAUGCAUCACCCGAGCAAGAAGAGGAAUGGUUAUUAACGGAAUAUACGGAAAAAGUGGAUAUCUAUAGCUGUGGUAUAAUAUUAUUUGAAUUACUAUGUGGUCAUUUUUUAACACAAUCCGAAAGAAAAACAUCAAUUGAUAAUUUACUUAUGAAAGAAACUCUACCAAGAUCAUUUUCAGAAGAUGAAAAAUCGCUAAUUAAAAAUAUGGUUAAAAAGAACCCUAGUGAACGACCUUCUGCAAAAGAGGUAUUAACUCUUUUAGAAAAUUUAUUAAAGAAAUUAUAAAUUUAGAAAAAAAUUUAAAUAAUAAAAAAUAUAAAAACAAAAUCCGAUAUCC